AUAAUUUAUUCCUCUGAAUUUCUAAUGUUGCCUGCUUUGCUGUUGUACAGACUUGUGUUGCUGUGCUGGUAGAAAAGAAUACGAGUCUAUUGGCUUUUGGAGGAGCUGGAUUCACUGGUACUAAUAAGUAGUAAAUUUGGUGUUGUGGCUUGGUCUGUGGUUACUGCUGUAGGUUUGGCAGUGAAGCUGAACCCCUGAGCAGGCGGAAAGCUCAGACAGACCUACACAGACGAAUCCCAAAGGCAAAUUUGUAAUAAAUGAGUAUUCAGUUCAUUGUGGGAUUUCUUCAGAGUUUCUGAAUCUGUCAAGUUUAUUCUUUGCUGGCAGCAGGCAACUGGGGAUGCAAAUGUAGGAGUCUUUGAAACAGUGACGAGCAAGGAGAAGGAACAGAAGUCUUUAGAAGAUGUCUUCAGUUCUACUCAAGUAUGGAGCCAAGGACCUUUGGGCAACAGAAGAAGAGGAAGAACUUACUGCAGAGGAAAGGAGGAAACUGGAAAGAAAACUAAAAAAGGAGCGCAAGAAGAAGGAAAAGCAGCUGAUGAGGGAAGCUGGAAUCUCUACUAAAAAGGUGGAGCCCAAAAAGCAGUCAGGAUCUGAGCUGGCUCUGGCCUAUUUAACCAGCUGGUCUGAAAACCCAGAAGAAUGGAAGUUUCAAAAGACAAGACAAACCUGGCUUCUCUUGCACAUGUAUGAUAAAGAGAAGGUUCCAGACAAGUAUUUCACCAUUUUACUGGAUUAUCUGCAAGGGCUUCAAGGCAAUGCACGAGACUUAACUGUGCAGAAAGCUGAAGCUUUUAUGAAGGAAUUCGAUGAUGCCAAUGCAGAAGACCCAGACCUCUUGGAGAAGUGCGAGCGCAUACGUCAAGUUCUGCAGCUGCUGUCCUGAGACUGUUUUUCUGUCUUAACAGUUGCCUGGUGGAGAGAAGAACAGGUUGUCAUAUACAGAGACUAUAAAUUGGUUGUAGAGACAUAUUUUCUAAUAAGAAUCCUAAUACUGUAUGUAUCCUAAUACUGGGUGUUCAGAUUUUGUACACGUAAGUUUUUACAAUUGCAAAUAUUUAUCCUGUUUUGAGGUGAUAAAAUAAAAAUAACAUAUUUGGUCCGUAGACAUGUUAUUAAAAGUAAUCUGAAGUGCCUAUCUUUAGAAAAAUAAACCUCUCUUUCUUGUAAGUUUUUCUCCACCUCCCCCUGUAAUUACUGUUAAAUAAGAGGAGCUUUACAGUUCUUAAUAAGAAGUGCAAAGGAACCAGCAAAAAACCUGGAGGGUCUUUUACAAUGGCAGCUUUUAAAAUGAGCAUACAGUACAGUGCUUGCUCAGCCAGCUGUAAUCUAUCACUUUCAGCUUUAGAAGUAUGUCAUUUGGAUUUGGGAAAGAUCAUUUUCAGUCUGUUGAACAUGGGUUGUAUAACACAGUUGCUUAUUAGUACUUCACACGGUGAUCUGGAGAUACCAUCAGCUUUGUUAGUUUUCCUUUUAUAUUUUAAAGUUUUCAAAUGCAUUAUGGCAAUUGUUUAGAUAUUCAGAUAAUGCACAGAUGGGAACAGACUAAAUCCUUUGACUAUAUGUAGUGAAGUCAUCUGAUUGUACCAAAACUUACCCUACGAUGAGAAGUGCUGUGCUGCAACAUUUUGUAGCCAGCCUGCCAAUAUUGCAUUUUUGUCUUUCUCAUGUAACUGGCGUCCAAAAGAGUUAAUUUGUGUUCAUUUGCUUUGACGUGAGACAUUUGUCUCCUGUGAACAUGCUGAAAAUAUGAGGCUUUCAAGUAGAAAACAAGGACAUUAAUUACUCAAAAGUUGGAUGAUUGGCUUAUUUAAUAACACUUGUAUUCAGUCACUGUUCUUGACCUGAUUCUUUAAUGUUUCUGCAAACAUUGUUCAUACUUUAUUAAUAACAACUAUAUGAAAUGUGUAGUGUUUAAGAAGAGUGGCUGU